AUGGGGCUGGAGUUCAGCACUGUUGAAACUUCUCACAACAUGAUCAAACAGCUCUCCCCCCUCCUCACUUUGGAGGAAUGCGGGGCUUAUGUCAGUGAGAGUCAGCUUUGGUUCAGUUCUCUGCAAUUUCUGUGCCAUUCUCUCACUUAUCUCCAAUUCUGUUGCAGGUCACAUGAUCAGAAAAGUGUUACAGAUGCAGAAGCACUUCCUUCUAAGAGACCUUCAACUCAGACCCGUGCCAAACCUACAUCUGGUCGAGCUAGGGGCCCUGCUAAACCAGUGUGCAAGACUGAGCCCCCAACUGAAAGUCCUGUUGUUGAUGAAGAAAUUAAUAAGAAGUUUGAAAUUAAGAAGAAAGAAGAGGAUGGAGAUGACCUCAGUGAAGAUGCACUUGACGUAGAGCCACAGUUUCAGGAUUUGACAAAUAUCAGUAGUGCGGAAGAGGAAGGAGACAGCAGCGAAGAAGAUGUUCCCUUCAGAGAUGACCUAAAUGACCAGAGCUAUGAUCCAAAAGGAGAAAAGGAAGGCCCAAAACCAAAACGUAGACUUCCUCCGAGACAAAAAGAAAAGCGAGAAAAAGAAACCGAUAAACAUCCCAAAGCAGAGAAAGAAAUAAAAAAGGAGGGAACAGAUUUGGAAAGUUUGGAAAGUGCAGAGGAGGAAGUCAAAGCUGAAGAAAAACAUGUGGAAGAGACGGGAGGACCCAGGAAGAGAGGUAGAAGGAAAAAAGAUGACAAAACUCCACGCCUGCCAAAGCGAAGGAAAAAGCCACCGGUUCAGUACGUACGUUGUGAGAUGGAGGGUUGUGGUACAGUCUUGGCACAUCCACGUUACUUACAGCACCAUAUUAAAUACCAGCAUUUGUUAAAGAAGAAGUACGUAUGCCCGCACCCAUCCUGUGGAAGGUUGUUCAGGCUACAGAAGCAGCUGCUGCGUCAUGCUAAGCAUCACACUGAUCAGAGAGAUUAUAUCUGUGAGUACUGUGCUCGUGCCUUUAAGAGCUCGCACAACCUCGCUGUCCAUCGCAUGAUCCACACAGGAGAGAAACCUCUACAGUGUGAGAUCUGUGGCUUUACUUGCCGGCAAAAAGCUUCACUAAACUGGCACAUGAAAAAGCAUGAUGCUGAUGCGACUUACCAGUUUUCCUGUUCUAUUUGUGGCAAAAAGUUUGAGAAGAAGGACUGUGUUGUGGCCCACAAGGCUAAAAGUCAUCCAGAAGUUCUAAUAGCAGAAGCACUUGCAGCCAAUGCUGGAGCACUUAUCACCACCCCAGCUUCUUUGCUGGAGCUACAAGGAAUCCCUGUGCCCACAGACCUUGGCAGUCUAGAGGUGGGUCAAAUUGUGCCUGAAAGUCAGGCUCCAGCGGUAACCCAGGUAGAGAAUAUGACCCAACAAGUGGGUCAUCAGGUGGUGUUACUGGGUCAGGACCAGACCCUACAUACCAUGCAGGUGCCUGUAACUAUUGCACUGUCACCCAUCGAUCCCCCUUCACCCGCUGACCAGACUCAUCUCCAGCUCCAGAUGCCUGUGCAGUUUGUGCAGGGCCCUCAGCCACUGACCCCUUCCCCCAGUGCAGUGGUGACACAUCAACCCCCUCUGCAGGCGUACUCCUCUCAGCAGCAGAGCACAGGGCAGCCCCACAUCCUUCAGAUGACCUUCCAGCCUGUGAGCCAGCUUCACCUGCAAACCUCCAGCCCGGCUCUUGUGUCUUCCCCCCAGUCGCAGGUCCCAGCCUCCUCUAAUGGGGAAGGCUUUGUUCUUGACAAUCCAGUGAUGUCUUCCACCAAUCCCAACAGCAGCUGCCUCCAGCAGACAGAGGCAAGAGAGGACAGUGUGGUGUGGGAACAACAAGAAACAAGCUCUGAUGUGAAACAAGGAUGGUGCACACAAACAGAAAAUGGAAGUUAAUUAUAUGAAUAACAAUAAUAAUAAUAAUGGCCUAAACACUGUAUUUAACUGCCUAAGCUAUGUGUAGGAGCACCAAUAUAGUAACAGUUUAUUCUACUUUAGAUACCUUUUGGUAGCUUUUUAGAUUUUCUGUAUCAGGGAAAGUAUGUGCAAGUUGUUGCAUUUGUACAUAAGUCAUGUUAACACAAGUUAUGUGUGUAUGUUGAAGAAAUAUUUUACAAUGCUGGUAUUACAAUAUAGUCAUCCUGUCCCAAGUAAACUGUUUAGUCUAGAAUGUGGCUCUUUCAAGGUUUCCAUCAAAAUUAAAUGUUUAUGCACAUAACAAAUUUAAUAAAUAAACUCUGAUUAACAUAGCAAAACAUAUGUAUGUAACAUAAUACAUGUGCUGCUGUUAGUCUUUACAGUUAAUCCAUGUUCAAACAGACAUUGUAUUGCUACCUACAUUGUUGUGGACGUUAGAAAUUCCUAGAUGCAAACUACACAUUUUGCUGUCACAUAAACGUAGAAAUCUUAAAUAGGUCUAUAGUAAAACUGCACCUCUGUAACAGCGUGGUAGAAAGGACACACAACUGUUGAUUUGUAUGUUGUAAAUAAAUGUCUUAACACCC